ACUUCGACCUAAAGAAACAAACCGCGCACGCUCAGACAUCUAGACACCGUACUCUGCUCCUCUCCCUAACCAAAACCCCAGAAACAGAGCAUUAAAGACUGUGUUUCCUUCCUGGGUCUAAACCAUAAACCCAAAGGUCACCCCUUUUUUCAGUUUUCUCUUUUGGACAAGAAAAGAAGAGAACCCCUUUCAAUCCAUUUCUGUUUUCGAUCAAUCCUGUUCCAUUUCCUGAAUCCAUCGGCUGAAACAGAGUGACAAAGAAAAUGGUGGCAGCAAAGUCAACGUAUGAACAGAUGCGUAAAAGGAGAUUGGAGGAGAACAAGAAGAGGAUGGAAGAACUCAAUCUCAAGAACCUCUCUCAGGCUUUGAAGAAUACUAGCCCCAAGCCAUCUCCCGUGAGUAUGAAGCAGAUGAAGCCCCGAACGCCUCGACAACGAGUGGACUUAACAGCAGUGAGAAGGUCUAGCCGUGUUGCAGACAAGCCCAAACCGAACUACAAAGACAUCCCUCUUGAACCUUUGGAGAGACCCAGAAGGGGCCACUCGCGGAGAAACCUGUGGGAUCGAGUUUAUGCUUCAGAUGAAGAAAGAGCCUAUGCAAUUGAAAGAGCAGAACAUCUUCAAUCUACUUUAGAAUCUGAUUAUCCAAGUUUUGUGAAGCCCAUGCUCCAAUCACAUGUAACUGGGGGAUUUUGGCUAGGUCUGCCAGUCCAAUUUUGCAAGAAGCACUUGCCUGAUCAAGACGAAAUGAUUACUUUGGUGGAUGAGAAAGGAGAGGAGUUUCCAACCAAAUACCUUGCUGAAAAAACGGGUCUUAGCGGUGGAUGGAGAGGGUUUUCACUUGAUCACAAUCUGGUUGAUGGGGACGCUUUAGUAUUCCAGCUUGUCACCCCUACAGAAUUUAAGGUGUAUAUUAUCAGGGCGUACGAGUCAGAAGACAAUGAAGAUGGUGAACCUGGAGAAGAAGAUGACAAGGAGCCAGACGUCCAAGUUUUGGACAGAAGUGCAAAACGAAUCCGAGCAAGGAAGUAAAAGACAUUUUACAGCCGACACCCCAUGUAUCGCUGCAGAGAUGCGAUGGGGGCAGAACUUAUAACAUAAAGUUUGAAAGCACACAAACAUUCAGCUGAUGACUUGCAAGGAAAUUCGCCAGCUUCUUGAGGCCUUUUGGAUCUUUAAAGUGAUCAAACGUAAGGUAGUUACUCAGAGAUUACUAACCCAGAAAAGGUGGGAAAA